AAAGAAGAGGCACUGGAAGGUCCAGCAGGAGGCGGAUCCUCGCCCUCCCCCGCCUAUGUCACCGGAGCCGGGGGGCGGGCUGGGGGCUGCGGGGGCCUCAGUCUCCACCAAGGACCGGUCCCCAGUGCCAGGCCGCAGCCCCGGGGAGAUCCCAGUCGGCCCCGCAGGAUCCGCACCCCGCUCCGCCAUGGGGCUGGGCCCCCACGCCUCCAGCCUGCGCCUCUGGCUGGGUCUCUGGCUGGCCUUGGGGGCGGCCAGCAGCUCCAGAGGCCACAGACCACUGACUUUUACAAAUCAGCCUGGAGUCUGUCACUACGGUACUACGCUGGAGUGCUGUUUUGGCUGGAGAAAAAACAACAAAGGAUACUGUGAAGCCAUUUGUGAACCUGCGUGUAAGCAUGGUGAAUGUGUGGGACCCAACAAAUGCAAGUGUUUUCCGGGAUUUACAGGGAAGGCUUGCCACCAAGACAUGAACGAAUGCGGAUUGAAGCCACGUCCCUGCGAGCACAGAUGUAUGAACACCCACGGCAGCUACAAAUGCUACUGCCUCAAUGGCUACAUGCUCCUGCCAGAUGGCACUUGUGCAAACUCUAGAAGCUGUGCCAUGUCCAACUGCCAGUAUGGCUGUGAAGUCACCAAAGAGGAAGUGCGAUGUCUCUGCCCAUCAACUGGCCUUCAGCUGGGACCAAAUGGAAGGACCUGCCUAGAUAUUGAUGAGUGCUCCACCGGCAAGGCCAUGUGCCCCUUCAACCGAAGAUGUGUCAACACAUUUGGGAGUUAUUACUGCAAAUGCCAGAUUGGCUAUGAAUUGAAAUACACCAACAGGCGAUAUGACUGUGUAGACAUAAAUGAAUGUAGUGUGACUACCCAGGAGUGUAGCCUCCAUGCUGAGUGUUUGAACACCCAAGGGUCCUUCAAGUGCAAAUGUAAACAGGGAUACCGAGGCAAUGGAUUUGAAUGUUCUGUUAUCCCUGAAAAUUCUGUGAAGGAAGUCCUCAGGGUGCCUGGAGUUGUCAAAGAUACAAUCAAGAAGUUGUUGGCUCACAAGAACAGUGAGAAAAAGAAUGAAGAGAUCAAGAAUGCGAUUCCAGAACCACCUAAUACACCUGCCCCUAAGGUUCACUUGCAACCAUUUGAUGAUGAAGAGGGACCAUUCGUUGAUGGGAGUUUUGAUGGAAAGGACAAAGAGUCUGAGGAACCUAGAAGAAGAGAAGAGGAGGAAGAAAAAGACCAAGAAGACUUGGAGAACCAAGUAGAUCAUGAACAGACCCUCAGAGGAGAUGUGUUUUUUCCUAAAGUUGAGGAAGCAGCUGCCUUUGGUCCUCUCCUCGUCCAGAGAAAAGAAUCGGCAUCAAAAUCAGUGCCAAGAGACUUCAACAUUUCACUUGACUGCACCUUUGAGCAAGGCAUCUGUGACUGGAAACAGGACACAGAAGAUGAUUUUGACUGGACCCUUGCAGAUCGAGAUAAUGCCAACGGCUAUUACAUGGCAGUACCGGCGACUGUGGGACACAAGAAUGAUGUUGGCCGGCUGAAACUUCUCCUUACCAACCUCCAGCCCAAGAGUAGCUUCUGUUUGCUUUUUGACUACCUGCUCGCUGGGGACAGGGUGGGCAGCCUCCGGGUGUUCCUGGAAAGCAGCAACAAUGUUCCUGCCUGGGAACAGACGGGCAGCCAAGAUGGAAGAUGGAGAACUGGAGCAGUGGAACUGCCGCAAGGAAUCGAUAAAACCCAGAGGAUCAUUUUUGAAUCAGAACGUGGCAAGAGCAAAACUGGAGAAAUUGGAAUAGGUGCUGUCUUUCUCAUUUCAGGCUUCUGCCCUGAAGAUCUGUUAUCCGCGGACAUCUGAAAUGGAUAUUUUACUUUUUUGAAUGUCUGACUUUAUGAUAGUACUGUACUGUUUCAUUGUGACCUAGACAGCUAGUCACCUUAGAAAAUCUUGAACCUAAGACGAAUGGAAAAAUCAGCAUGUUCUAAGGGCAUGAACUUACCCUGGUUGAACUUAUCCUUUGAUACACUCUGUUUUAAUUCUUGCUUGUAAUAUAGUACUAUUGCAUUUUAUCAUUCGCAUCUCUUUCAACUAGAAUGGAAAUGACUGUGCUGCUUUCAUUAUAGGUGAUUUAUUUUUAUAAGCUGUUGCAUUUCCAUGUUAGAAUUUUCCAGUUUACACAGGAACACUAAUAAGGAUUACUUAAGUGAACUGUUUCAACCCGACGGCUCGUCUUGAUAUUAGAUACUAGAUUUUAACUUCCGUGGCUUGUGCUGAUUUUGACAGUAUGUUUUUACCUUGAAAAUCCAUCUAAAUAAUCAUUUUGCUGUACCAUGAUUUAAUAUUUUUAUGUUGUGACUUUACAGUCAGUUAUGUCUAUGACUGUUUACUCUUAAUGGAAAACUUUUUUGAAUUCAUGGGAAUACAUCUAAUUUCUAGCAAACAAGAGCAUAACUGUUUUAUCCUCAUAUAACCCUUAUCAAAUUAACGCAGGCCUAUGUAUCUCCAGGUUACGAGAAAUCGGAGCAGACUUUAAGGAAAUUAAGAAGAAAGCUUCUUAAUUGGUUUCUUGCCUGUAAAGGUGAUUAACACUCAUAAUGAUUGAAAGGGUACACUCUGAAACAUCCAGCUGUAAAGGCCUUCAAAAAUGUCCAACUCUCCUGGACAUAUACGAUGUUCCUAGGCCUGGAGGCAGGAGAUUGAAUCAGUUGACCUUUUGAGGUCCCUUUUUACACUUUGAUUCUAUGAUCUUCUGUAGUUGCCCUUUCUAACUCUCCGGUUAAAUUCUGUUCCAGUGAGACCAGCUCUAUCCUUUUAUUUCUGCAAUAACCUUGGCCCAAAUGUGUUUAUUGUUUUCAACCGUAAAACUACAAGUCCUGAGUUGUUCUGAGUGGUAUUACUGAGGUUUUAGUGCGCGCUUAGUGCGCUAUUCUACAGAAGUGGUUAUUUGCCUGUCAAAUUCUCUUGCUGUCAAGUAGUCUGCAGUUUAAAACAACACUUGAAACAAGAUGACUGCUUUCAUAAGUCAUUUUACUCAAGGAAUCUGACAAAUGGAAUUGGAUAAGAACUAGAAUCAUUUCAAACUCAAUGCCUUGCCAGUGAAAGAUAUUAGAUUAUCAGCCCUGGGGACUGAAGUUUGCUACUCAAAACAAGGUAUGACACGGGCAGUGGGAAGAGUGAGACGGUUUAUGGGUCUGGAGUGAAAAUGUCAUGCUUGCAAUGGGCCCUGAACUUCAACAAGUCCUAGACAACUACUUCUUUUGCAUGUUUACCUCCAACAUAGGGAAGCACAGGUGGAUGGCCACAAAGAUGACUGUGAGUCUCAAGCGGGGACAGGGACUGUGUCCAAAAUGAUAACUUUCAUCUCCCCCAAUGCAUAGAACAGUGCUUGGCACAUAGUAUGCCCUUAAAAUACCUAAUUAUCAUCAUCUAUGGACUGGUCCAUAGCACGCUUCGCUGAGGGUGAACCUUGGACAGUAAGUUAUUAGAUCUAGAGAUCUCCAAUGCUCAACCACUAAUCGUAACCUAGGUCCGUCUAAAACAAGAGAGCUGCCGUGUGAACGCAGAUAUACAGAAAGGGAAGAAUAAAACUCUCUGAGAGCAGGACCCAGCUUGACUGUCUUCCUUGAAAAUGAGGAGCUGCACGGCUUCAAAUGCAUUAACAAGGGGUAGGGAAGUGCUCUAUCAACACUUUAGUUUAAUAAUAACAGUUUUUCCUCCUAUUCAUAUACUCUCCAUCUUUAUCCCUCCAUCUGCUCCAUGUCCAAAUGGAAACAACCUAAGGCCACAAAAUGCAACUGUCAAAGAGAAUUGCUUUAUUCUGGAUUUAUUAUCUGAGCUCUUCUUAAUAAAUGGCUGACUCCCCAUAUUCUGUUAGCUCUUCCCUGUGAAAGAUGCAAGAGCAUAAUAAUGAAAACAACUGUCAGGUUGCCUGUGGGUCAAAAAUCCCUUGCUGAUUACAAUGGAUGUUUUUUAAGUUGUGCUUCACUUUCUCCUUAAAGGACUAAUGAGCACUGACCACACUUCAAACAGAUCACCCUCCUGGAGAAAACAUGAAAGAAGCAUUUAAAAAGCAAAAACAGAGGCCCGGUUUCAGUUUCUUAUUAGCACACAUUUCCCCUGACCUCCUUACAGAGCACAGGGUGCACUCUGACUUGCCAUUCAGAAUUGUUACCUCUUCUGGCUCCCCCCAAACCACUUUCUUCUAAACUCUUAACUUCAUUUAUCAUUGUUUUAGAGAAAGAGAACAAAUGAGGCUUUCAUCCUGGUGUUUAAAUCCAAAAGUGAAUAAAUCAAACUGUAAAAAUGUUAUUGUAUAUUGUACAAGAAUGUGUUCUGGCAGGACUCUAUCUCCAGAUUAUCAUCUGUGCCCAUAAACCAGGCAUUUGUAGGUGACCACGGGUACUGAGGCAGCAAGCUGUUGGAUUUUUCCACCGCGAAUGACCAUUUGCAAUACAACAGAUGCUUAUGUUUUAUUAGUGUAAUGAAGAAAAAGUAGAAAAUUUUACCCAAACUGUUACUGAAAAUCAUAUAGCCAUAAGUUUGAUUCUCCAAUCAGGCACAUGCUUUUAUAAGUUCGAAAACUCAUGACACAAUCUUAGACUUUGAUUCUUUCUUUUUUUCUUUACCAACCUGCAUUGUUCAGCCUCAGUUACCUCAUACUUGUUCUCCCUCCUACUUAGA